GCCUCGAGUCGACAGGCAGUCAUGAGCUGUGACGUCAUCUCGGAGUAAGAAGACUGUGUGCUUCUAUGACAGCGCUCUCGUCCUACUUUUAUCUUUAGUAGAAUAAGUGUGCGCUCGUUUAAGUCCACCAACUGAUAGAGCUAAAAAAAUUCCAAUAUUAUCGAGUGGUUUCCGUCAAGCAAUAUAAUGCCUGACAGCUGAAAAGGAGUUUUGACUGGAGAUUUGACAUCAACGAUGACAUUAGCAGCAGAUGAGUGGCCCUGAUAAUCACACAUGCUCAGUUUUGAUGAUUGGGGCAAAAUGUCGUGUAAAUCAACCAAAGUGGCCCCCAGUGUUGACUUCGACCACAGUUGUUCGGACAGCGUGGAAUACCUGACGCUUAAUUUUGGUCCUUAUGAAACUGUUCACCGUUGGAGAAGACUCCCUCCGUGUGAUGAGUUUGUUGGAGCAAGGCGCAGCAAACACACAGUUGUGGCAUACAGAGAUGCUAUAUACGUGUUUGGGGGAGACAAUGGAAAGAAUAUGUUGAAUGAUUUGCUCCGCUUUGACGUGAAGGACUGCUCAUGGUGUCGAGCCUUCACCACAGGAACUCCACCUGCUCCCCGCUACCACCAUUCAGCUGUUGUUUACAGCAGCAGCAUGUUUGUUUUUGGGGGCUACACUGGAGAUAUAUACUCCAAUUCCAACCUUAAAAACAAAAAUGAUCUUUUUGAGUACAAGUUUGCCACGGGGCAGUGGACUGAAUGGAAAGUGGAUGGGAGCUUGCCAGUGGCUCGGUCCGCACACGGCGCCACGGUUUACAGUGAUAAGCUGUGGAUAUUUGCAGGUUAUGACGGGAAUGCAAGGCUGAAUGACAUGUGGACCAUCAGUCUGCAGGACAGAGAGCAUGCGUGUUGGGAAGAGAUCGACCAGAGCGGUGAGAUACCUCCAUCUUGCUGCAACUUCCCCGUCGCUGUAUGCAGGGACACGAUGUUUGUAUUUUCCGGCCAGAGUGGGGCCAAAAUCACCAACAACCUCUUCCAAUUUGAGUUCAACGGCCACAUGUGGACCCGCAUUCCCACUGAACAUUUACUACGAGGAUCUCCACCGCCUCCCCAGCGGCGUUAUGGCCACACAAUGGUUGCCUUCGACCGUCACCUGUAUGUAUUUGGAGGUGCUGCUGACAACACUCUACCCAAUGAGCUGCAUUGCUAUGAUGUGGACUCUCAGACCUGGGAGGUGAUCCAUCCUAGCCUGGACAGCGAGAUGCCCAGUGGGAGGCUCUUCCAUGCAGCUGCUGUGAUCCAGGAUGCAAUGUACAUCUUUGGAGGGACUGUGGACAACAAUGUUCGCAGCGGAGAGAUGUACAGAUUCCAGUUUUCCUGCUAUCCAAAGUGUACUCUCCAUGAAGAUUAUGGCAAACUAUGGGAGAACCGUCAGUUCUGUGAUGUGGAGUUUAUCCUAGGAGAGCGGGAGGAGAGAGUUUUAGGACACAUUGCCAUUGUGACAGCGAGAUGCCAGUGGCUGCGCAAGAAAAUCCUGCAGGCUCGGGAUAGACAAAGACAGAGGACCAAACAGGAGAGCAGUGUGGAGAACGAUGAGGGGGCCACAGGAGGAGGAAGCCAUGUCCCAGGUGGCCAAAGGCAACUACUGGAGGUGUCAAUCAGGGAAGCAGAAGCCCAGCCUUUUGAAGUCUUAAUGCAAUUCCUCUACACAGACAAGAUCCUGUACCCACGCAGAGGUCAUGUUCAAGAUGUUCUGCUAAUCAUGGAUGUUUACAAACUGGCACUCAGUUUUAAGCUCUCCCGCUUGGAGCAGCUGUGUGUGCAGUACAUUGAGGCUUCUGUCGACCUGCAGAACGUUCUCAGUGUUUGUGAAAACGCCAACAAGCUGCAACUUGACCAGCUCAAGGAGCAUUGCCUUAACUUUGUAGUGAAAGAGUCACACUUCAACCAGGUGAUCAUGUCGAGGGAGUUUGAACGUCUGUCCACGCAGCUAAUCGUGGAGAUUGUCCGACGAAAGCAACAGCCUCCUCCUAGGUUGUACUCUGACCAACCGGUGGACAUCGGCACCUCCCUGGUGCAGGACAUGAAGGCCUACCUGGAGGGAGGCGGCUUGGAAUUCUGUGACAUAAUUCUGCUGUUAGAUGGACACCCUAGACCUGCUCAUAAAGCCAUCCUGGCAGCUCGUUCAAGUUACUUUGAGGCGAUGUUCCGCUCCUUCAUGCCAGAGGACGGCCAGGUAAACAUCUCCAUCGGAGAGAUGGUUCCAAGUCAACAGGCGUUCGAAUCCAUGCUGCGCUACAUCUACUACGGAGAUGUCAACAUGCCUCCUGAGGAUUCUCUUUAUCUGUUUGCUGCACCGUAUUACUAUGGCUUUUCAAACAACAGGCUGCAGGCUUACUGCAAACAGAACCUGGAGAUGAAUGUGACUGUGGAGAAUGUCUUACAGAUCCUGGAGGCGGCCGAUAAGACACAGGCCCUGGACAUGAAGAAGCACUGCCUCCACAUUAUCGUCCACCAGUUCAUCAAGGUUUCCAAGCUCCCCAACCUGCGAUCCCUCAGCCAGUUGCUGCUGUUGGACAUCAUAGAGUCUCUAGCGUCACAUAUAUCAGACAAGCAGUGUGCCGAGAUGAGCUCCGACAUUUAGGACGAUGGCAAGAGCUGCUCUUUUGUUAAUUUCUCCCUCCUCUCCCUUAACCUGUUUACAAUGUCUCCACGCCAUUCCUCCCUUUAUUCUUUCAUUUGCAUGUUUCAGACUCCCUAACACCUCCUUCGUUUGAUCGCUCUGUUCCUCAUUCCGCAUAACAGUGUUAUUUAUUUUGUCCGCACAUUUUGCAUCCGUAUGUCCCUUUUCUGCUUUUACCAUGAAACUACAUAACUGGUGUUACUGGCUGGAUCUACAUCAUUACUUACAUGAAACAUUACAUCAUAAGUAACGAUGCUUAUCUCACUACAUUUAGGAUAUUAGGUUGGGGUGUCCCAAUCUGAUAUUGAAAUCAGCUAUCGGGCCGAUAUCACCCCCCCCCCCC